GGGGUUCCAACUCGACAGCGCGAGGCUGUAACGGAUGCGAGCGCGGCUGCGCGCGCACCCAGUCACACACACACAGUCGUACACUCACGGGGAGCAGGAGCGGGGUUGGGGAGGGGGGGAAGAGAGAGAGAGAGAGAGGAGGGAGGUAAGAAGGAGAGGUUUCCUCUGUACGGGAACCACAGGGGCUUUUACCCAUGGAAACCCUCGUGAUGGAUUGAGGGGGAUGGCAGACGCCGGACGUGGUGGCGGGGCGGGGUGUUAAGAGGGAAAACCGGGAGUCGGGUCGGGAGAAGACUACGAGGAUGUCCAUUACUGUGAAAAGAUGAACCAGCGGCACGUUUUAUUUGUAUGUUUGAUUAUCUCGGCGAUAUACUGGUGCCCUAGUAGGCACGUAUUUUGUACUGGGCAACAGGAAAGUUCCUCUACUGCAGCAAAUGUUGUACCAGAUGAUAGCUUUGAAGAAAAGCCCAAACAAGAUGUGGGGACCGAGUCUACAGAUGUCAAAUCUCCAGAUGUUAGCAGUCAAUUUGCCGAUCCAUUAUUAGAAGACAAUACAAAAGUUGACCAAAAGCAGCAUGUGAAUUCUGAGCAGUCCAGCUUUCCUGAUCCUGGUCUAGAGGCUUCCAUUGGCCUGGAAGAUCCUCCUUCCAGUGUUGCUACUAGUACUGAUAACAUUUCCAGUUCAUCUACCUCAGACAGCUCUCCAUUCUCACAGCACAGUGCAAUAGAAAAUUCCAGUGAUGAUAUUCCUGUAUUAAAAUAUGAGCAGUCAGAAGCUGACUGUGAUGCUGGAGGGAAAACUGAGGCUAUUCCUCAAACCGAGUCCCCCUCCUUUAUUAUUCUGCCUGAGAGUCCAGAGGAGCAUAUUGAUGGUAAGAGCACCUCUUCGUAUGGCAAAGAAAAAGCAUCUGAGACCGAUUCCGAAUUUGAUCUUUCUGAGACUCGGAAAAUGUUCUUGCCUGAUGCUGGUAAUCUGAAUGAAGCACUAGAGAACACUUCUAAUGAUUCACAGGACUUGGAGAACGAGGAGAACACAGAGGACACUACAGUUUCAAAAACUGCAGAUGUUGGGGACUCUUCAUCUGUGAUUCCUUCUAAGGAUUCGGGAGACAUUCCUUCAUUUGAUGAAUGGAAGAAGAAAGUCAUGGAAGAAGAGAAAGAGAAAAGCCAGUCAAAGCAUACUACGAGUGGUGGACAACAUUCUGUGAAGAAAGUGCAGAAGAACUUUAAUAACUAUGCUUCAGUGGAAUGUGGAGCAAAAAUUUUGGCUGCUAAUCCAGAAGCAAAGAGCAAUUCGGCAAUUCUAAUGGAAAAUAUGGAUUUGUAUAUGUUAAACCCCUGCAGUGCCAAGAUUUGGUUUGUAAUUGAGCUAUGUGAGCCUAUUCAAGUCCGGCAACUUGACAUUGCAAACUUUGAAUUAUUUUCCUCUACACCAAAAGACUUCCUGGUUUCUAUCAGUGACAGGUAUCCCACCAAUAAAUGGGUUAAAUUGGGCACAUUCCAUGCUAGAGAUGAGAGAACUGUGCAAAGCUUUCCUUUAGAUGAACAGAUGUAUGCCAAGUAUGUCAAGAUGUUCAUCAAGUACAUAAAGGUGGAACUGGUGUCACACUUUGGAGCAGAACACUUUUGUCCCCUUAGUCUUAUAAGGGUGUUUGGUACCAGUAUGGUAGAGGAAUACGAAGAAAUUGCUGAUUCUCAAUACAAUACAGAACGACUAGAAUACCUUGAUGAAGAUUAUGAUUACCCAUUGGAUUAUGGAACACGAGAAGACAAAUCAUCCAAAAAUCUACUUGGUUCUGCCAAAAAUGUCAUUCUAAAUAUGGUAAACAUAGCUGCUAAUAUCCUUGGAGCCACAAAAGAUCCAGCGGAAAUAUCUCAAACUGAAGUUAAUGGAAGUACAACAUCAGUGAAUGAAACUGCAAAACUGGACAUACCUGGGCCUAGUUCUACCCCUUCAACUAUACCAGAGUUGGAUACUGUUAUUGAUCAACCAGUAUUCAAAGAAGAUGAUAAACCAGACUCUCCUGAUGUAGUAACUCACAAGGAAAACCUGAUUGUGCAGCUCGUCCAAGACGAAGAAGAAGAGCCACUGAAUAGACAGUCCACUGUCAUUCUUCUGGAACCUGAAGAUGAGGAAGAUGAUAGAGACAGUUGGUAUGACAUUGAGAGACAGGUUUACUGCAGCGAUCUGCCACUUAUUUCCUGCAUUUCUAGUUUCUCAGAGUACAUUUACAAGUGGUGUUCGGUCAUCGUGGCUCUUCAGCGCCAGCGCAGCAAAACACUCAAUGUUAAGCCAAAAGAAGAAGUACUUCCUGCCAUUCAGCAGGUUCUAACUAUUCAAGAAGAAGUUGCUUCAGCAAAUGAAACUGAAAAGGCAAUUGAGGAGGAACCAGUGAGCUCAUUGCCUGCAAAGGGGUCUAAAAGUGCCAGUGAAGCACAGUCCAGUAGUACUUUAUCAGAGAAUUUAACUAAUUGGACUGAUUUUAUUGAAUUGGAACCCAGUCAUCCUCCACCUGCCUCUCAUUCUCCUAUUGUCAGCACGUCUGAUACAAAACCUGAUGUCAAACAUACUGCCAUUCUUCAAAGUUCUGAUACUGUUCUCACAAGUAAACUGGAUGACCAGAUGCAUCUCUACUCAGAGCUUACUACAUCCAUUCAAACUACAGAAGUUAAACUGGAGGCUACACAAAACCAAGAUUCUUCAGAGGAAGCUUCAACAAUGUUAGAAACUGAAACAGUUAGUGAGAUAAAGCUAAACAUUGAUCUAAGUGGAUCCACGAAAGAAAACCAAAACUCUGUUCCAGUACUAAUAACUCCUACAGAAGCCAUACAAACAAUUGAUGGUACAGAUGUGCUCGCUGUUACAGCUACUGAGGUACCGAAUGAAAUUGGUGGUGGAAGAGGAUUCCCAGCAGAAACUGAGCAGCCAUUGCCACCUUCAGACUUAGAUGUGCCUGUUUCCCCUGUGGCUGUUUCAUCUGUGACAGAAAUGAAAGAUGAAGAGCAGGUAGCAGAGGACAUUCUUCUGUCUGGUCCAUCCUCCAAUGGACUAAACCGGUCAGUUACUGAUUUCUAUGCCGAGAUGCACAAUGUUACAGACAUGGGAUACACUAAUGGAAAUCAAGUACAUGGAUCCAACCAAAAGGAAUCUGUUUUCAUGAGACUUAACAACCGUAUCAAGGCAUUAGAAAUGAAUAUGUCUCUGAGCAGUCGGUAUCUAGAAGAACUGAGCCAACGGUAUCGCAAACAAAUGGAAGAAAUGCAGAAGGCAUUUAAUAAGACUAUUAUAAAAUUACAAAACACUUCAAGAAUGGCAGAGGAAAAGGAUCAGCGACAAACUGAAGCAAUUGGUUUACUCCAGGCACAGCUUGGAAAUAUGACUGAGCUGGUGGGAAAUCUGUCCCACGCAAUGGAAAAUCUGAAAGUUGAGGUGUCUGACCGCCAGAACUACCUUGUGAUUUCCUUAGUUGUUUGCAUAAUUCUAGCUUUACUUCUGUGUGCGCAGCGUUGCUGGAAUGUCUCUUUGUCGAAGGAUGUUUACCCGAUUACAAUUCCUAAAAGCAAUCACUACCCAAGCCCCAAAAGGUGUUUUUCUUCCUACGAUGACUUAAACCUUCGCAGGCGGACGUCGUACCCGCUCAUUCGUUCCAAGUCUUUUCAGUUGUCUGCUGCAGAAGUGGGUCCAGAUGACUUGUACAUUGUAGAGCCACUAAAGUUUUUGCAAGACAAUAAAAAGAAAAAACGUUGCAAAAACAAAGUUGAGAAGGUUGACACCAUAAAAGCUACAGAAACUGUAAUUCCAAUAGUUAACGGAGGAAUAAAAUCUGGCAAACCUCUUUCCAAUCAAAGUGACUUUUCUAGUACAGGUGUGGUCUACAGUUCUUCGCACAAGGGCCCCCCAUCUGAAGGUGGCUCAGAGACUUCAUCUCAGUCUGAGGAGUCGUACUUUUGUGGCAUUUCAGCCUGCACAAGCCUCUGUAAUGGACAGCCGCAAAAAGCUAAAACUGAAAAGCGAUCUUUUAAACGGAAGAAGUCAAAGGUUACAGAUCAAGGAAAGUUCAUUAGUAACUUAAUACAGACUAAAUCGGGAUCAUUGCCAAGUUUGCAUGACAUAAUGAAAGGAAAACAGAAUAUUACAGUGGGGACAUUAGGUGUCACAGCAGUUACAGCCCAUGUUUGAUUGUGAUUUAUAGACUUUGGCUUGGAGCUGCCUCUUGCCAUCUUCGUGCUUGUGGGCUUGCAAGGUGUUUUUGAACUUGCACUGCCUGAACUCAACAAUUUAAUAAUGGAUUGAUGCAGGAGUCUGUCUUCAAGGUCUAUAAAAAAUACGGCAAAGGGUUGCACUAAAAGCCGUGUCGAAUGGGAAAUGGCAUCAACUCGAUAUGAGCUUUGAAGAUGAUUUACCUGGGACAGGGUGGAGGAAUCUCCUGGAUAUUCCACAAGGAUUUGCGGUGCAAUUUAUUGGAUUAAGUUUCACUGUAAUUAACUGGGUACAGGUGGAACAGGGAUGAAUGCAUAAUUUUCUGCAUAGAGCUGUAUUCCUAUUUCUUGCACCUUUCCAUAUUUGUGCCUUUGUAUAUUUAUAAUGCAGCUGGAAAAUGGAGAAUUCCUGUCUCAGAUUUACUUUGUUAUGCUUUUCCUUUGUUUAAAAUCAAUGGGGUUUGGCAGUGUAUCACUACAGUGCUGUAGAAGUGGUCUGCACGUAGUUAAGUGGUCUCUGAAGCUCUUAGGGCUAAAUAUUCUUGCCACGAUUUGCAGCAACCUCAAUGAAAUCAUAGUGCAAGCGGGAGAUCUGGGUUCUAUUCCCGGCAGGAACCCGGUUGUUAGUCGAUUGGCGGAUCGCUUUUCCGGGAAUAAUAAUCCUUAAAAAAAAAUUGGUCACUCAAUCCAAGACUGUUUGUGGGACAUUGCUGUGUGCAGUUAGCUGUUGCAUUUCAUCCACAAAUAUGCUCAAAUUCACUUUACAGUAUAUUCUGUGAAAUGCUUUGAGACGUCUCGAAGAUGUGAAAAGCUCUAUAUCAAAUGCAAGGAUUAUUAUUAUAAGUGAACAUUGUCAAAGUUGCUGCAUGUAGUGGCAAGAGCCAUUUCAGCUCCCUAGAAUCAAAUGUGAUGGAUUUGGCCCGAAGGAAGAGAAACCAAAAUAAGUGGAUCUGUUGAACAACUUUUGGUCAACUGGUUUUAAAUGCAGGCCAUUGUUUGUGAGCAGACUGUUUCUAUAAUUGGCUAAAAGAGUGCAGAUUUGUAUCCUAUUCACUUGGUAUGGUCACAUCCAGUAAAGUGUUUUUAAUUUGGGGGUAAAUGUAUUAAAAGUAAUAUGUGAGAGUGAGCUUUUGACUGUAUAUAUUUGUGUGUGUGAGAGCGAGAGGAGCAUUCUUUAAUGUCACAAAGUGUUUCAACAUGGGGUAUCAAAACUUUAACUUAUAGUUUCAUGUGCACUUUCACUUUUUUUUAUUCCAAUGCCUUUUGCUGAUGUGAGGUUUUGUCAUAGUUUGUAAUGUAACUAAUGCUGGUUCUCAAGCUUCUCUUUCUUCUCCCUCCUCCCCCAUUUGAAUUUGGUGGCUCUAUUGGCAGUAACCUUACCUAGCCGAUCUGCACAUUAGCCAGUCACAGCACUUGAGGACAGUUUCUGAGGACCUUUUGUGAAAGGAUCCAAAGUUUAGUAAUGCAUUAUUUAUGUAUGUUUUUACCUUGUCUUUGAGUGCUAUAACACAACACUGUGGAACACACAAUGUGACUGCAGAGUUGUAGUGCCAUUAGAAACUGUGAAUUUCUAAAUAAAACUGAACACUUUACUGUCUUUGCUAA